CCAAGAAAAAGAGUUAAUUCAGGACUUCAACAAGAAGGAGGCAGAUUGUUCAUUUGUGUGCUGGUAUCCGCCGCAGCAGGAUUAUGAUUGCAAACGAAUCGCCACACUCGUCAAAAACGACAGCAACCCUGGACCACAUUGGCUGCCUGAACCAGGAGUCAUCUUUGGCCAAUACAAAACUUACGAGGAGUGCCAACACGUCGUCGACGAAAUGGUAUCAAGUGAAAAUGUCGAAAGUCAGGCUUUGGCGAUGUUGCGGCAAUGUGAUAAGGAACGAAAAAGGAAGGCAAGAACGAUGGAAACAAAUGCAGAAGAAACUGCUAAAGAAAAAACUGCAGUACGUCCAACUGAAAAAGAUCCUGGUACAGCUCACGAAACUGCAAAGAAAAUACAUGCGGAGGCCCCGCUUGGUGCUACAGAGGUAGACGAGAGGCCGGUCGUCAGAUCACCUCUGGCCAUUUCUCGGCCCGAGAGGGAGGACGUCGUCAGAUCACGUCCCCUGGCCAGUUCUCCGACCGAGAGGGACCUGGUCGUCAGAUCACCUAUGGCCAGUUCUACGGCCGAGAGGGAGGUCGUCAGAUUACCUCUGGCCAGUUCUCAAGAUGUCAACAGAGCUGAAGGCAGACGAGACGCCAUUGACGUCUUUAGAGCAGAUACACCCAGUACGUCUGAUGAAGAACCCAGUGACGUAGAAGUCCUGCCCGAGAAACAGCUGCCACAACAAAUACAAGAAAUUUUGAAUGUCGUACUAAAACAUGUAAGCAAAAAAUUUGAGGAAGUAAGCAAAAAAUUUGAGAAAGUGAAAACUUCUGUGGAUAACCUUCAGAAACAGCUGCAACCAGUACUUCCAGGACCUUCGCAGCGGGUGACUGACGGUGAGACACCUCUCCCUACCGGAUUUGUGCCUGUCCUUCCAAAGGACCCCUAUGAAGUGCUAACAUACUUCGGUUUUCCUGCUAGCACACCCGACAGUCUCGUAUCAAAACACAGGCACUACUUUCUUGGCAAUGCAUCGACAGAGCCAAUGAGAACUCACCGGUUGGCACUGAGGAAGGCAUUAGUUCAGCUAUGCCCGUUGCCCAAGCCUCAGUCGGGAAAAGGUGGCCUGACCCCCUCCAUCCGCCAACUCCUACAUUAUUUAGCACCCAGAGAUGUCUGGGUGCACUUCUGUUUGAAGGGCUACUCCAAAUCUAAGAGAAAUAUGGAGUCUGAAAUGCCGAAAUUUGUGCGCAUGAUUCAGGCGACAAUGAGCAUAAAACGCCAAGUCGACGAGUCGACGGUGAACGCUCAUUUAUCGGAGGCAUUAAGGAAAGAAAGUGACAGAUCAGGCUUCCGUAACACGGCGCGACCCAAGAAAACGACAGCACCAAACACAAGCACACCGUCCACGUCGGACGUACCAGGAACGUCAGGGCAUGGGACUGGUCAAGACGAGGGAGAAAGUGACCCGAUUAUAUCGACAACGAUGCGGAAAGUAUCGUACCGCUGUCGAGUGGUAAUGAUACCGACAGGGCUACAGAUGAACGGUACUCGGACGAUGAAGAAUCAAUCACUGAAUAACAAAGUAUAUAUAGAUACUGAGUGAAUAAAAAUAUAUUUUUUGCCCUGAUGUAGUUCUUUACGUGAUCGAUGUAAUCACAGUAUAAUUCCACCUUACUUCUUACUAACUAAGCAUGUUCUCAUACUUAAUUAACAGCUUAAAAAAUAUGUAACUCUCUCUGCUAUAUAAUCUAUUAUACAUGUACGCCACCUAUCAUUUACUA